AUGGCAAACCGGUCCGCUCCUGCUCCUCGCGCUGGUGGCGCGAAUAAAACCUGCCAGUUCAAGCUUGUGCUGUUGGGCGAAAGCGCUGUUGGAAAAUCAUCAUUAGUCUUGCGUUUUGUCAAAGGACAGUUCCACGAAUAUCAAGAGUCAACAAUCGGUGCAGCCUUCCUGACUCAAACG